AUGACCAAAGGGGGAAUGGAGUCAGUCGAAGUGUUCACGUCUGAAGGCAAAGGCAGGGGCUUGAAAGCGCAGAAGGAAUUCUUGCCUGGGGAUGUCAUCUUUGCAGAGCCAGCCUACGCUGCCGUGGUUUUUGAUAGCCUGACACAUGUCAUCUGUCACACCUGCUUCAAACGGCAGGAGAGGCUCCACCGCUGCGGCCAGUGCAAGUUUGCCUACUACUGUGACCGGACCUGCCAGAGAGCGGCUUGGCUGAACCACAAAAAUGAGUGCUCUGCCAUCAAGAGACACGGCAAGGCACCCACUGAAAACAUCAGGCUGGCUGCCCGCAUCAUGUGGAAGAUAGAGAGGGAAGGCAGCGGGCUGGCAGAGGGCUGCCUGGUCUCCAUCGAUGACCUGCAGAACCAUGUGGACAGCUUUGAUGAGGAGGAGAAGAAGGAGCUCCGUGCUGAUGUGGAGAGCUUCCUCGAGUUUUGGCCACCCCAGAGCCAGCAGUUCGGCAUGCAGUACAUCUCCCACAUAUUCGGAGUGAUCAGCUGCAACGGCUUUACCCUCAGUGACCAAAGAGGACUGCAGGCUGUUGGUGUGGGAAUCUUCCCCAACCUCUGCCAGGCCAACCAUGACUGCUGGCCCAACUGUACCGUCAUCUUCAACAACGGCAAUCAUGAGGCUGUAAGAUCAAUGUUCCACACACAGAUGAGGAUUGAGCUGCGGGCACUGAGCAAGAUUUCUCCAGGGGACGAGCUGACUGUUUCCUAUGUGGAUUUCCUCAAUGUGAGCGAGGAGCGGCGUAAGCAGCUGAAGAAGCAGUAUUACUUCGACUGUGCCUGCGAGCACUGCAAGAAACAUAUCAAGGACGACCUGAUGCUGGCGGUGAAGGAGGGGGAAGGCAAG